AAAUGUAUCAGCUUUUUGACAUUUUGUAUGAGAAAAUGCACAAUAAAUAUAAAAAUUGCGGGAAUUACUAAAAAAGAAGGUCCAAAAUGAAAUCGCAACGAAUUAAAUCUAGUUUUAAGUAGUAAUGCGUUUUUCAAUUGUAUCACCGAUUGGUAUAUAUUGAUAUCAUGAAGAACUGAUCAGGUGAGUUGUCGGUACAAAUUACUAUUAAGAUAGUUAUUCUGCAGACAUGUUCAUGGGUUUAGUGCAGUUUUUUGAUAAAAAUUUGUCAAGCAUGCAUAAAACGUACAGAAAUUAUUUUAACAUUUUUACGAUGGCUCCGGCUUUUAAUGACAUGGUUUUAAUGAGCAAUGAGAAACAUACAGUUUUAUAUGGUAUGGAGGACAAUUUAGGAAAACAUGCAUGGCUAUUUUCCAUGUAUAACUUUAAACAAAUCGUAUCGGUAAUGUUUUAAAGAGAUAUGAUACAAGUGACUAUAUUUGAUCUUAUAUGAACUCCCGGGUCCUCUGUGUCGUACUUACACUUUUUGUCUACAUAACAUAAUUUCGGUGUAUAUUAGUUUUUUCGUCGUUUUUGUUUUUUUGCCUUGACAUGGUCAUUUAUUCAAGUGUUGAUAAUACACACACAUAACAUUACGAGAGAAAAAAAUAGACACCUUUCGAGUUGAAUCCUUCACCAGAAAAGUUCGCCAAUUACUCGCGCCUUUAUUACGUCAUUUAUCAAAUUUAGGGGAUUAAAGUUCAUCAAGAGUAUUCGUGAUCCUCUUUGUGAAGAAUCAACAAAAAUAAUAUUUAUUCUGUAGAUACUAAAUCCCAAUUCCCUUAUUACUGUAGUGUUGGUUAUCAAUUAUAAGAAUUUAGUUUCCAAAAUAAUUCGUUCAAUAUAGCGUCAUAUUUUUUCAACCGUUCAGUCAACCUAGGAAGGAAAUGACGAUGUCCCUAAAGGCCAGAAAACAUAAGUUUUUGAUGGCAUAGCAACCAACUGGAAAGAGGUCUAUUAAAAAAACAAGAUCAUCAAGUUUAGGGUCAAACUUGAAUAAAAUUAUCAGAUGACCUUGCAUCAAAAAGCAAAACAUAGUAUUUGAUAUGUUCUUUUAUGUACUUUUUUUUUUAACUCGUACAAUUUUAACACCAAUAUGCUGUAAUUCAAUUCAAAUAGGCCAAAAUAUAUUUUGUUGUUUUCAAAUACUAAUUAUAAUAGUCUGUUUACUUUGAAAGAGAGCAGAAUCACAACCAUUGUGGAACUGUCUACAGACAAUAUUAAAGCAGAUAAAGAAAAUACAAAAAGUUCGACGAAAGGAGUUCAGAUACAGAGUUCGAGAAAGGGAGUUAAGAUGAAAAGUUCUACGAAAGGAUUACAGAUAAAAAGUACUGCGAAAGGAGUACAUAUAUUAGCAACCGUUACCAAGACAACAGAGACGACAACAGAUGGUGGAAGAAUAAACAGCCAGCCAACUGUUGAGAUCACCAAUCCAGGUGAAGCGGAAACAGUCACAAUAGUUAUCGAAGGACCAUCGCUACCAGAACACUUUUAUUAUUGGUUGUUAGGAGCUGGGCUUGUGCUGGUAUUAUGUUUAUCAGUUGUAUGCAAUGCUUGUCUCAACCGAAGGUGUCGAUCAAAAACAUUAGAACAAAAGGCAAAAGAUAAGUUGGAAAGUGAGAUAAAACUCUUACAUGGCGAAGAAGAUAAUAAACCAAACGUGCAUGGAAAGGCCAUCAUGGUCCAAAUCGAGGAGGAAUCUUCUAUGUAUGAAUCAAUUGAUGAAUACAAAAUGACGCAUUAUGAUUAUCCUGAUCAGUAUGAUAUAAGAAAAAUCGAAAGAAGUCCCGGUCUACCAAUGCGUCGUGAUAUGUUAACGUCAUCAAAACCAUCGCAUUUAGACAUUGUCGACGAUAGCGUUGCAACUAAAGUAAUUAGAUCUACGGAAGAUCUGAGUGUAAAUAAAUCAAAACCUCCAAAAUUAAGUACGUCGUGUACAAAUUUGUCACCAAACGGACCAGAACUAAAUAACAAUGCAGGAAGACUAUCACCACAUUCGAAUGAAGAAAAUCAAUUGAGAAUAGUGCAAGUACAUUCCGAAAAGAAGACAGAAUCUAUAAAUUUGACUGACGAAGAUGAAUCGUCAGACAAUUGUGACGUCACGUCCGUUAAAACAGAUGAUUAUCUAAAUCCAUACGUACCACUCAUCACAGAUGAAAUAGAAUAUUUGCACAGUUACACUACCGCAAUAAAACAAGAAUUACCUGCAAUAAACAAGGCAAUGAGUGCAAAAGAGUCUAAAAUAAUGAUUUCGUUAAAUGGAAAUCACUCGGUUUCGAAAGACAAUGCCACAGAUACAUAUUUGCCUCUAAAUACGAAGGAAAUUGAAUACUCUCAAACGUACACACCAAUCACAUCCGAGUGUAAUUACACAAAAACAAAAUCAGCAUCAAAACUCGAAGGUGUUAAACUGCCGUCAAAGUUCGAGUCCGAAAAUGUUAUAGUUACAAAUCACUCAAAUUCUAAGGACGAUGCUACAAAUUUAUAUGAACCUCUAAACACAGAUGAAGUCGAUUAUUUGCAGACUUACACACCUAUCAUGUCUGAAUCUACUUACUCCAAAACGAAGUCUAUGUGCGUUGAAACAAUUGUUUUAGACGAAGUAUCUUGCUCGAAAAACAAUUUUCUAACCCAUGAAUAUGAUGACUGUUUUAGUUCUAACACUAAUCUGUCAAAAGUGUAAAUAUUUUUACAAACAUGUGCACCAAUAAUGC